AUGUCUGUCUUUAGGCCUCGUGAACCUUAUACACAUCGUUUAAGUAAAAUUCUUGAAGAGUAUCCGGAUGGAUCUCAAAUUCUUCGCGAAAUUCUUCAAAAUUCUGAUGACGCUAAAAGCCGCUCACAAACAUUUUUACUGUUGAAUGGAUAUUAUAAAAGUGACUUGAAAUUAGAUCGAUAUCAAGGUCCUGCUCUUUUAUCAAAAAAUGAUACGAUAUUUGACGAACGUGAUUUUCGAUCAUUAUUGAAUUUGGCAAAUAGUGAAAAGCGUAAUCAAUUCGAUACAAUUGGAGUGAUGGGUGUGGGUUUUAAUUCUAUUUACCAUAUUACUGAUUCUCCUACUUUUAUUACUGGCGAUCAAUAUGUAAUUCUUGACCCACAUAGUUGGUAUUUCGAUGGUGGUGUUAAAUAUAAUUUCAUAAAUCAGAAUAUUGCUAUUAAUCAUCCAGAUCAAUUUGCUCCAUUCAUUAAUUCGUUUGGCAUUCCAUAUAAUAAGAAAGUUAAUGGCACUAUUUUUCGUUAUCCUCUUCGUACCUCUCAGGAUGCUAAUGAUUCGGAAAUUUCAACGAAUGAAUAUAAUCCAAAUAAAAUAUUAGAUAUAUUUGAUAAGUUUUAUAAUGAAAGCAUAAAUUGUCUUCUUUUCUUAAACUCUAUUGAAAGCAUUAAAUUCCUUGAGCUAAAAGAAAAUGAGUCUGUUCCAAAAUUACUCUAUUCGAUAGAGAUCGUAAAACUUUUUGGUGAUCCUACUUUGGAAUCUGUAUUUGUUGCGACCUUUCGCCAACAAAAAGGCAAUGAAAAACCACAAGAUAGUCAUUGGAUUAUUUUUGGUUGGCUUGGUAAUUUAAAUGCUACUGCAGCUUAUUUCAAUGAAACUUUCAAGAAGAAAAUAACUGACUAUAAGCUUAUUCCAAAUGUUGGAAUUGCUAUCCCCCUUAAUGAACCUGAAACAAUUGGAAGACUAUUUUGUUAUCUCCCUAUUCCGACGAUGUUAACACCAUUUAGUGCCUCUGUACAUGGUCAUUUUGCUGUCAACACAAAUCGACGUACAAUAUGGUCUACUAUCGCUGAAGAUUUG